UCAAUGAUGAACCACAUAAUGGUAAACUUAUUACUAUGAUAGAAAUAUCACCAAAUGAAAAAUACCUUAUUACUUAUAGUGAAGAAGAUCAUAAGAUUCAACUUAAAUUUGAUCAAACUGUUAAAAUUAAUAAAAAUAUCUAUAGUUUGUGUGUUUCUGAUGAUAAGAAACUAUGUAGAAUUUAUGAUGAUGAUAAUGUUUACCUGUAUUCAAAUGAUUACAUUUAUGAAUGGAAUAUUGAUACUGAAAAAAGUGUAAAAAUAUUUGUUAAUAAUGAGGAUAAGAAUGAGUUUGAAACAAAAAAUAUCAGAAU